AUGAAAUUUAAAACUAUCCUUAUCCCAAUACUGUUUUUAUCAGGUUCAGGAAGUGUUCACUGCAAGGUUUGGCAAUUCGGUAAAGAUGCACCAUAUUCUGAGGUUUUGUAUCGCGGCUCUGGCACGAUAUCAGCGUCAGAAAAAAUCAAACAUAUACAUAUGUCUAUUCCAGAAUGUCACAAUGUGAAGUUAUUAAGAGUGGAAGUACAGAAUUUCUUAGCGCAUGCAAACACUACUUUUGACGAAGAUACAAAUGUGGUAACGAUAUCUUACAAACCGUGGCAAUUCAGUGAAUCAAAAUACGACAUAUCAGCAAAAGGUGUGAGAGAUUCUGAAUGCGAACCUCUUGAUGAGGAGAAUAAUCACACAGAUCCCAACGAUCACUCAGCGUUCUCUGAACACUUGUAG